CAGCGGUGGCACACCUCAGCGCAUACAGGCGGAUGGCGAGAUCCCCUCGGACGGCUCAGCACUCGAUAGAGAUAUCCCCUCCCACCAAUUAUUUCUCCGGUCUUGUCUCGGCUGUCCUGGAACGCGAUCUUUAUAUGAGCCUUGUAUCCUCAUUUGGCGUUUUAUCUGAAUUCUUGCCCAUUCUUCUUAGCAACGUUCCUUACCAGGUAACAGAAACUCUGAAUGUGCACCUUGUCAGUACCUGGAUUGCCGUUGGGAUCAUGGCGGCUAUGGUGCUCAUCAUCUUGGAAUAUGGUCGUGUCGAACUCCACUCCCACACAACCACCAUGCGAGAAAUACACGUUCGGGGAAAUGAUGGGUGUCUCAGGCACCAGGAGAGUAGGGGUUGAUACGGAAGGGAACAUUCCAGCCACUGAACGCGAUUCCUUAUUGCAAUUAUAUGAAUCUGCAAGACGCUAAACGACGGGUUGUGUUAGCAGUUUUAUUAAAGGAUUAGUUAAUUAAACCUAAAUUGUCUUUAAAUUAAUAUUAAUGGGUAUAGUAUAAGGUUGACUGCAAAGAUAGCUU